CUACUUUCUCUCCUUUGCUUGUUAUCUUUCCUUUCUACGUACAUUCUUCGAAAGCGACGUAUCUCGUGAUCCAAGCGGGGUCGUCGUCAAGAAAAUGCAGAUCUUCUUAACCAGGUCCACUUUCGGCGGCAACUAAACAACCUUCAGUAACGUUACUGUACCAACUCAAUUGAAGCUCAUGAUUUUCCAAAUUCUCAGAGCAGCUUCCUUUCGCAUGAAAGCGCGUCAUGCAUGAUAAGCUUUCAUUCUCGUGGCAAUUGUGCGCUGCGGGGCUAAAAGGGAACUGCGGGGAAUAGGUUACAUGAAAUGUAAUUAAUCUUAUCAUGUACAUCUUCCGAUGUUCAUCUAUUGUUCCUGGCCUUGUCCAACAUAAGAUAUAAUCCAUGGAAGAUUGAUAUUUGAUUUUGAGAUCCAUCGCCGCCAACGAUCUCAAGCAUGCGGGUUUCCAUCGUCCUGUCAGGCCUCCUGGGCUUCGGUCGCCUCGUGAGCAGUGCGUAUACCAAUGCUUCUGUGGCUUUCACGUACAAUCGCACUUCUUUCCUCCUUCAUGGCGAAUCUUACCAGAUGAUUGGUGGUCAAAUGGAUCCCCACCGCAUUCCGUACCAAUACUGGGAAAAGCGAUUGUACGCCGCGAGGGCCAUGGGUCUCAACACAAUUUUCAGUUACAUUUUCUGGGACCAGGUCCAGCCUUCGCAAGACACUUGGGACUUCUCCGGGAGAAAUAACAUCGCCGAAUACUUUCGACUAGCACAAGAAAUCGGCUUGCAUAUCGUUUUACGUGCGGGUCCGUAUGUUUGCGGAGAGCACGAAUGGGGCGGAUAUCCAUACUGGCUGUCCAACAUCCCAGGAAUGGUUGUUCGCUCAAACAAUGCUCCUUUUCUCAAUGCCUCGAAAGUGUAUCUCGAUCGUCUGGCCGAAGAAAUCCGACCUAUGCUAGUCCAGAAUGGAGGACCAAUAUUGAUGGCUCAGAUUGAGAACGAAUAUGGUUCUUACGGUGCUGACCAUGUUUACAUGGAAGCGUUACGAGAUCUUUUCUAUGGGGCAUUUGGCGAUGAUAUGGUGCUUUACACGAAUGACGGAGGAUACUCUGAAGAUAUCCUAAAUGGACAAAUCGAAGGCAUUCUCGCGGAAACAGAUGGAGGUCCUCAAUCUGGAUUCCUGGCUCGAGAUCAAUAUGCCUACGCGAGUAGUCUUGGUCCGCAACUCGAUGGAGAAUAUUACAUCACGUGGCUCGAUUUAUGGGCUUCAAACAGUACUUAUGACACUGAUGCCGGAGAUACGACCGCAAUUGAGAGCAUUGUAUCUGAUUUGAGUUGGACGCUGAAUAAUGGGAGUAGUUUCAGCUUGUACAUGUUCCAUGGAGGCACGAAUUGGGGCUUCCAGAAUGGUGCUGAUUGGGCCAAAGCUUUGACGCCUGUUAUCACCUCUUACGACUAUGGAGCCCCUCUGACAGAAAGCGGUGGGAUUACGGACAUUUAUUUGGCUUUGAGAGAAAUGAUUGUUGAUUAUUUGGGCAAUGAGACCUUGCCUGCUGUACCGAAGAACGAGACUCCCAUUGCGAUUCCGGAGAUUGCGUUGAAACCUGUGGUCAAACUGUUUGAUAUCCUACCUGAGCCAGUGGUCGCGGAUUAUCCGACAAAUAUGGAGAAGCUGGGGCAGAGUCAUGGAUUUAUACUUUAUCGACACACGGUCACUUCUUCAGUUUCUGGAAUUCUUGUCCCGGGAGACUAUCCUCGUGAUCGAGUUCUGGUCUACGUCAACCAGACAAGAGUUGGUAUCAUUGACAGCAUCUACCAAGCGCCAGCGAAGGUGAACCUGACUCUAGAAGCGGGGGAUGUACUCGAUAUCCUGGUCGAGAAUAUGGGGCGAGUGAACUACGGUCCAAGAAUCCCAGAUCAGAUCAAGGGCAUUGUGGGAAACGUCACUAUGGGAGAAUCGAUACUGAAAGGAUGGGAGAUGUAUAACCUGCCACUAGAACUUCCCUCUGCUUCCUCAAGCAUGUCGACUCUCGAGCUCGCUAGUUCAUCACUUUCGAAUUCUGGUCCGUUGUUCUAUGCUGGAAUGUUUGACGUGGAAGGUGAGAUCGCAGAUACGUUUUUGCAUCUUGCGAAUUGGACGAAGGGUGUUGUGUGGGUUAAUGGUGAGAAUCUGGGGAGGUACUGGACUGUGGGGCCGCAGCAGACCUUGUACCUGCCGGGUUGUUAUUUGAAGAAAGAGGGAAAUGAGAUUGUGGUCUUGAAUUUGGAGCCUAGUGAGGAGAUGGGGGCGGUUAACGGGGUGGUGAACAGGUUGUGGGGAAAUAACCCUGAUCCUGAUGCUCCUUGAUUUAAGUGCGGUCUUCGCGUCUCGACAUUGGAAGAGAUGUUAUAGUGC